AUGGCUGGUGCUUUGAGAAACGUCAUUAGGACAAAAUUAAGAGUUGCGAUGAUACCCGCCGAUGGAGUUGGGCGCGAGGUCUUGCCAGCAGCCAGAUCCGUUCUUGAAGCUUUAGGAACUGCUUUACCCAAGCUCGAAUUUACGCAUCUCGAUGCUGGAUUUGAGCAUUUUACGAAAUAUGGCACUGCUUUGCCUGAUGAGACGCUCAGGGUCUUAAGAGAGGAGUCAGACUGCGCAAUGUUUGGCGCCGUCAGCUCCCCAUCUCGGCGUGUGGCAGGAUAUUCGUCUCCGAUCGUCGCAAUGCGCAAGGCAUUAGACUUGUACGCCAACAUUCGCCCUGUCAAAUCUGUAGCGGAUUUACCAGGAGAAAGAUCCAAUAUCGACAUGGUCAUAGUCAGAGAGAACACUGAAUGCUUGUAUAUUAAAGAAGAAACUCUGACUCUGGGCUCGGUCGGGAAAGAGGCGCGUGCCACCCGUCUUAUCACUGAACGAGCCUCGAGGCGAAUAGGCCAGAUGGCAUUUGAAACUGCUUUAGCGCGUGGUCCCUCGCCCCUUCUGACCAUUGUACACAAGUCAAAUGUCCUGUCGGUAACGGAUGGUCUGUUCCGGGAGACUGUCCGAAGCGUUCCAUCGCUCCCAGGUAUCGAUGGGAGGUAUGAUUGUGUAAAGGUGGAGGAGCAAUUGGUGGACAGCAUGGUGUACCGAAUGUUCCGAGAGCCACAGGUGUUUGAUGUCGCUGUUGCACCGAAUAUGUACGGGGAUAUUAUUUCGGACGCAGCAGCAGCAUUGGUGGGAUCUCUGGGUCUCGUUCCUUCGGUCAAUGCAGGCGACAACUUCAUAAUGGGAGAGCCAGUCCAUGGAUCCGCACCAGAUAUUAUGGGGCGAGGUAUCGCGAACCCUCUCGCCUCCAUUCGUUCCGCUGCCCUUAUGCUCGUACACCUCGGAUACGAUGACCAAGCCAAGCGGGUAGAUGACUCGGUUGAUGCGGUGCUGAGACGAGGCGACGUUUUGACUCCUGAUCUGGGGGGAAAGAGCACGACACAGCAAGUAGUCGACGCUGUUUUGAAGCAAAUAUAA